GAAGUCAUUUUCUGGCUGUUGUGGUGAAUUCCGCGUUGCCUCCCCCCUAAAAAAAUCUCCAAAGUGGGAGUUGACGGGCUAAUUUCUCGUCUUUUUUCUGGUCUGUUGUCACCUAUAUUCAAGCAGAAGCCAUGCCCGGGAUAGAGAAGCUACCUCUCGAAGAGACGUUGGAGGACAGCCCGCAGACACGGUCUCUGCUGGGUGUGUUCGAGGAGGACACGGCGGUUAUGUCCAACUACUGCACCAUGCUUUAUCAGGCUAUGCACAGGAUUUUUGAUGCCCAGGUCGAGCUGAGCGCCGCAACACAUCUCGCCUCCACUUUGCUUAAAGAAUACGACAAACAGCGUUUUCCUUUAGGGGGCGAUGACGAAGUGAUGAGCUCCACUCUGCAGCAAUUUGCGAAAGUCAUUGACCAACUAAGCUCCUGUCACGCCGUCCUGUCCACCCAGCUGGACGACGCCAUGAUGUUCCCUAUAACGCAGUUCAAAGAGCGAGACCUCAAGGAGAUCCUAACGCUGAAGGAAGUCUUCCAAAUGUCCAGCGAUGAUCAUGACACGGCCAUCAACCGAUAUAGCCGCCUGUCCAAAAGGAAGGAUAACGACAAGAUGCGCGCCGAGGCUGUUGAGGACGUCUACACAUCUCGCAAGAAGCAGCACCACACCAUGAUGCACUACUUCCGCUCCCUCAACACGCUGCAGUACAAGAAGAAGACGGCGCUGCUGGAGCCGCUGCUGGGAUACAUGCAGGCGCAGAUUAGUUUCUUCAAGAUGGGCUCAGAAAACCUCAGCCAACAGUGGGAGGACUUCCUGGCCACCAUCGGGACCAGCGUACAAAAUGUGCGUCGUGAGAUGGAGCAGGAGGCGGGCCACAUGCAGGAGACCAUCGAAGAGAUGGAGAGGUCGUGCGACCCGCUCUACGCCCCUUGCGACCCGGACCAGGUGCACUCGCCCGUUUGCCGCAACCUCACCCAAAAGCAGGGCUACCUCUACAUUCGCAAUAGGACGGGUCUGGUGUCCACGUCAUGGGAGCGCCAGUACUUCUUCACCCAGGGCGGAAACCUGAUGCAGCAGGGCCGAGGCGAAGUGGCCGGCGGCCUGGUCACCGACCUGGACAAUGCAUCUGUCAUGGCCGUCGACUGCGACGACAGACGCUUCUGCUUCCAGGUCACGGCCUUCGAUGGCAAGAAAAUGGUGACCCUGCAGGCAGAGAGCAGGAAAGACUGCGAGGAGUGGAUCGCCACCAUCAACAACAUCUCCAGACGCAUCUACCUGAGUGAGAACGCGGAGGAAGUGGCGGCCAGAGUCAACCAAUCAGCUAUUGAAGCGGUCACGCCGUCGCCGUCCUUCCAGCAGAGACACGACAGCAUGCGGCCCGCCAGCAAGGGCCACACCGUCCGAACGGGAAGCAUCAGCUCGCUAGGUUCCGAGCCGUCACCCGCCCUUUCCGCCCUUUCCUUGGACGCGCUGGUCGCCCCGGAGAUGCCCAUCCAGUUUGACAUCAUCUCUCCCGUCAGCGAGGAGAACGCCGGGCACGGCAAGACAGCGGCGCAGGCUGGCAGAAGAAGCAAUCCGUUCGGGGAGUCCGGUGACAGAACAGAGGACAGUGAAGACUCGAUCCUGCACCAGCUCUUCAUCGUUCGCUUCCUGGGCUCCAUGGAGGUGAAGAACGCCGAGUCGGCCGACGUCAUCCCCGAGACAAUGAGGCAGAUCUUGGCGGCGCGCGCCAUUCACAACAUCUUCAGGAUGACCGAGUCGCACCUGCUGGUCACCUGCGACUCGCUCAAACUCAUCGACCCACAGACGCAAGUGACCCGACUCAGGUUUCCUCUGUCCAGCGUACUCCAGUCGUCGUCCCAUCAGGACAACAAGCGGCUUUUGGGAAUCAUUUUGCACGCCGCCGGCCGAGCCGUCUGCUACAUCCUGGAGUCCAACGAUGACGGCGAAAAGAUCUGCGACAGCAUCGAGCUAGCCAAGCAGAUUGCGCUCCACUCUGCCUUGGACCGCAAGGCAGCGGAGCAACGCAAGGAGCAGGACAAAGCCAAAGAGAAACAGCAGGAGGAGCUUAGCAAGCAGAGACAGAUUGAGAAGGACCUGGAGGAGCAAAGCCGCCUCAUCGCCGCCUCUAGCCGUCCCGCCAACCCCUCCGGUGCCGACGGACAAUUUGUGGUGCUAAGCAACAGCCAAUCGGAAGACAGCGACGCCGGCGGGGAAGACGGGAAGAAGAAAGACGAGUCGGACGCCUAGCCAUGCGGCUAAAAACGGGUACGAACUCAGGAAUCCACACCUGCCCAUCCGCCUGCCUGGGGAUGAAAAUCGAGUUCACCACUGACUCUUGUUUUAGUCGAUGCCUAUAAAAAAAAAAGCUUUUUAUACUGGCGACAUUAUAAAUCUCCAACUUUGUCGUUAUGCAUUUUUUUCCAUAAUUUCAUCCACAGGUUAAACGUCCAUUUUAUUUUUUUCUGCUUCCUGGACUGUUUUGUUAUUAUUUUUAUUAUUAAUACAGGCACAUAUUGGAAAAAGUCCAGACUAAUGUUGCAGAAAAUGAGAGCUGGUAUAUGAUAACACAUUUUAUUUGCGAUUAAUCGUAGUAGAUUAACUGCGAUUAAUGGCAUGGUUAAGUUAAAAUAGUCUUUAGGCUUUUUAUUAUUACGUGUACUAAAUACUACUGUAGAAUUUAUUAUCAGAUCAUCAUGUAUAUGACAGUGCGAUGAAUCGCAGUUAAUCUCAUGCGAUUAAUCGCGAUUAAAAUGUAUAAUCAUUGCCCAGCGUUACAAAAAAAACGUUUGCUAAUUUGCAGGUUUUCCCCCUCAUUGCUGUUUUUCUUUGCUGCCAUCUUAUGGCAAAUAUGGCCAAUCGCUGUACAGUUGAAACAUUUGGGGGCUAGCAUCGUAAAGUAAUCACUUAUAUUAGAGUUUUGGGAGGUCGUUUUUGGCAGUGAUUGCUUCCUGAUGUCCUCAUGAUGAAAAUCUGCUAUUCAAAGUUAUGAGAAACUCGUUGGGUGCCAUUGACGGGAAUUAACGGCUGAUUUGUUUGGACUGAGAGGUGUUGGCAGCAUUCUAAUUAGCCCUGAUUUUUACUGUAACUGUUUUCCCUCGAACUUUUCUUCAAAAACUUUCAGCCAGAGGCCUAAAAAUGUUUUUCCAACAUAAUUUAGACCUAAAAUUCUCCAUAAAAAGGUCUUCAGUUGCAGAAGGGAAAUUCUAAAAUUGACUGGACUUUUUCUUCCAAAUUUUCUAGAAAUAGGUUUUCACUUACAGACCUAAAAUUCGGACAUUUAUUGUAAAUAUUCAUCCAAAUUUUCAAUAAAAUUUCUCAAACAAAUCGAUAUAAAAUUGUUAAAUUUACUGGAAUUUUCCAAUGAAAGGAUUCUAGCAUUUGAUCAAAAAUUGGCAAAGUUUUUGGAAAUUUUCUUACAAAUUUUCCACAAUAAGUCUUCCGUUACUGCCUAAAAAUUUUGAAAUUUACUCUAAAUUUUCCUCAAAACUUUCCAUAAAUUUCCAGGAGCAGACAAUCUAUAAUAUUUUGGAGAAAAAAAAGGCAAAAUUGUCAAAUAAUAUAAAACAUAUAAUAAAAUACAAAAAUAUUAAAUGAAAUUUCACUUCACAACAAAAAUAUACACACAAAUAUCUCCGGAAAAUACAACAAACAGUAGAACAAAAUAAUACGGAAAAAUGUUAGUUUCAGUUAGCGUAAAUUCACAAAUUUCAAAUUUAACACAAACGGCGCCGCAACACGUCCAAACAGGUACAUGGCACAAUUUAAGCCUAAAAGUACAUGAAAAGUUAACUACAUAUUUAAUUGAUUGAAACAAUAUUUGACAAUGGAAACAUUAUUCUGACAUUUUUAAUUUUAAUAAUAAUAAUUUAAAGUUUUCCAUAAAAGGUUUUCAGCAACAGCCUUAAAAUUGUCUAAUUUACCGUAAAGUUUCCUCCAAAUUUUCUAUAAAUUUCCAGGAAAAAAACCUGAGAUAAUAUUGUGGGGAAAAAACUUUUGCAAAUAAUACAAAUUGUAUUAAAAAAUAUUCAAUUUCACUUCGCUGCAAAAAUAUUCACACAAAUAUCUCCGGAAAAUACCACAAACAGUAGAACAAAAUAAUAAGGAAAAAAUGACCAUCAGUUAGCGUGAAUUCACAAAUUUCUAAUUCAACACAAACGGCGCCGCAACACGUCCAAACUGGCACGUGGCACAAUUUAAGCCUAAAAGUACAUGAAAAAUUAACUACAUAUUUAUUGGUUGAAACUAUAUUUGACAAUAGGAACAUUAUUCUUACAUUUACAAGUUUUCCCCAAAAAGUCUUCAGCAACAGCCUUAAAUUUGUGUAAUUUACUGUAAACUUUCCAUAAAUUUCCAUGAGCAAACCUGAAAUAAUAAUUUGGAGGGGAAAACCCCCCCACAAAAUUGAGCAAAUAACACAAAAUGUAUAUUAAAAUGCAAAAAUAUUGAAUGAAAUUUCACUUCAAAUAGUAAUAUUGUACAAAAAUAAACUCUAUAAAAAUAUUUAUUCCCGAAUAUACCAUAAAUAAUCAAACCCUUAAAUAUUAGACAUUCACAAAAAUUUAGCUUAGCUUAAAUUAAUUAUUUUUAAAAAUUCAACACAAAUUGUGCCGCAACACGUGUAAACAGGCACAUAGCACAAUUUAUAGCAAAAAGCACACAAAAAAUUAACUACAGAUAUAAUUGAUUGAAAAUCUUAAAUUUACUGGAAUUUUCCAAUGAAAGUUUUUCAGCAUUCAAUCUCAAAUUUGCAAAUUUACUGUAAAUUUUCCUCAAAUAGGUUUCCAGGAGCAGACCUGAAAGUAUAUUUUGAUAAAAAUGUGAAUCAAAAAUAUUAAACAAAAAUAUUAUACAAAAAAUAUUAAAUCAAAUUUAGCACCACUGUAAAAAUAUACACACAAAUAUUUCCAGAAAAUAUCACAAGUGAUAGAACAAAGUAAUGUUUAAAUAGUACACAAAUAUACACCAAAUUUUUGCCGUCAAAUUAGCGUAAAUUCCAAAAUUUCUAAUUCAACACAAAUGGUGCCGCAACACGUCCAAACAGGCACGUGGCACAAUUUAAGGCUAAAAA